AUGGAUAUCGUUCUUGCCGUUUUAUCUCCUGUUGUUGAGCAUACAAUUGGUCCCAUUAAAACACACAUUUGUUAUGCAUUAUAUUGCAAAAGCAACCUUCACAAUCUGAAGGAGGAAGUUGACAAGUUGAAGACUGCGCAAGAAAGUUUGCAACACAGGAUGGAUGAGGAAACAAGAAAUGGGAAGGAGAUCGAAGAGCACGUUCGGAAUUGGCGUCUUAAGGUGGAUGAUAUCAUUCAAAAGAUGGAAAAGGAACUUGCAGAAGAUGAAGAGCGAGCAAAGAAGAAAUGCUUCGUUGGACUGUGUCCAAAUUUCAAAUCACGCUACCAGCUUGGCAAGAAAGCAAAAGAGGAAUUGGCAACAGUUACAACUAAAAUUGAUGAACAGGCCAAAUUUGGUUCAAUUUCUUACCGUGCUGCUCCACCGAAGAUGGGCGUCACUUCUACCGGAGGUUAUCAGGCCAUGGAAUCAAGAAAGUCAAUUUUUAAGGAUGUUAUGAAUGCCUUAAAAAUUUCUGGGGUGAAUAUGGUUGGGGUGUAUGGAAUGGGCGGUAUAGGCAAAACCACGUUGGUGAAAGAGGUCGCCAGAGAAGCGAUAGAGAACAAGUUAUUUAACAAGAUGGUUUUUGCCAGUGUAACCAGGACCCCGGACACCAUGAAGAUUCAAGGGGAAAUUGCAGAUCAACUUGACUUAACAUUUGACAAGGAAAGCGAAUUGGGAAGAGCAAAUCGAUUACGCGAGAGUCGAAUGGGUUAUAAUGCUUCCACUGAAGACUUGUUGAAAUAUGGUAUGGGGGCAGGUUUGUUUUCUGAUGUUGCUACAGUAGAAGAAGCACGAAAUAGACUGCAUUCACUGCUUCAUAAACUAAAGACCUCUUCUCUGUUGCUUGAUACUGAUACUAGCAAGCAAUUUUCAAUCCAUGAUGUUGUUCGUGAUGUUGCCAUAUCAAUUGCCUACAGGGACCGCAAUGUAUUUGUGAAAAGUGAUGCGGUUGAAUUGAAAUGGCGUGAUAAGGAUUCAUUAAAGAAGUGCUCAGAAAUUUGGUUGCAUUGUAAUAGCAUUGGGCUUCCUGAAGAUUUGAAAUAUCCGCAGCUCAAGGUUUUUAUUGUGAACAGUGGAGAUCCUUCAUUGGAAAUAUCUCAAAAUUUUUUUGGGGGAAUGCAAAAACUUAAAGUCUUGGGUUUGUCUAAUUUGUCUUUUUCAUCCUUGCAUUCAUCUCUUCAUUUACUAAAACACCUUCGUUCACUAUGCCUUCAUCAGUCUUCACUGGGAGAGGGAGAUCAGAUAGCAGUUAUUGGGGAGCUAAAGAAAUUGGAAAUCCUCAGCUUUGUCAAAUCUGAUGUUAAACAUUUGCCAAGAGAAAUAGGGCAAUUGACCAAGCUAAAAUUGUUAGAUUUGAGUGAUUGUUCUGAACUUGAGAUGAUUGCACCAAAUGUUAUUUCAAGUUUGUCACUGUUGGAAGAAUUGUGCAUGGGCAACAGUUUUCAUCAUUGGGAUAUUGAAGGAAAAAAUAAUGCCAGUCUUGUUGAGUUGGAACAUUUGUCUCACCUGACUAAUUUGGAGAUACAUAUUCCUGAUUCCCGUGUUAUCUCCAAAGACUUCUCUACAAACUUGGAGAGACAUAGAAUAGUGAUAGGAGGUGAUUGGAGUUGGAAUUGGAAUUCGGAUGGUGUUUGUGAAACCUUAAGAAAAUUGAAACUGGAGUUCAAAGAAAGCACUGAUAAUUUGAAGCAUGAGAUUUUGAUGUUGUUGAAGAGAAUUGAAGAUCUGUAUUUACUUGAGGUAAAUGGUGUUAAGAGUGUCAUUGAACUGGAUAAGGAAGGUUUUCUACAUCUGAAGCACCUCCGUGUGGAUAAUAGUCCUGAGGUUCAAUAUAUCAUUGACAUGAUAAAUGGGAUUCCUUCUAACGUCUCUCUCUUUCCCAUGUUAGAGUCUUUGUAUCUUUAUAAUUUGGCAUCGUUAGAGAAGAUUUAUCAUGGCAUACUCAGGGCACGAUAUUUCGGCAAACUGAAAAUCCUACAAGUGAGAAACUGUGAUAAAUUGAGAAGCCUUUUCUCGUUCUCCAUGGCACUAGGCCUUUUGCAGCUUCAAAGCAUCACAAUCACUUCUUGCCAGAACAUGGAAGAGGUUGUUGCUGAGGAAAGUGAACAAUUUGACAACAUAGCAACCAAUGUGAUGGAGUUCACUCAGUUGCGCUUCAUGUCAUUAAACAAUUUACCGCUUCUCAGAAACUUCUGCUCCAGAGAGAAGACAUCUUCCCUAUCUCAAACACAUCCAAAGUCAACAACAAGUGGCAUGGAAUUGGGAGAAGUGACAUUGGAGGAUGAUAUGCAAAGUCCUACACCACUUUUCGAUGAAAAGAUUGUUUUUCCGAACUUGGAGGUUUUGGAACUGGAAUCAAUGAAAAUGGAAAGGCUAUGGCAUGGCCAGCAUCCAGCAAUUACAGCUUCCAUUCAAAAUUUACAAAGAUUGGAUGUGUGGAAAUGUGACAGUCUGAAAUAUAUAUUUUCCACUUCUAUGGUUAAAAGUCUUGUGCAACUCGAGCAUCUUAGCGUUAGGAAUUGCGAGUCCUUGGAAGAGAUAAUAGUAACAGAAGCAUCAGACGGAGAAGAAACAACGAGUAAGAUGCUAUUUCCAAAACUAGGAGUCAUUUCGAUCUUCAAUCUUCCAAAACUCAAACAGUUCUGUACUGGUUGUCUUCUUGAUUGUCCAUUGUUAAAAGAACUGGAAAUAUAUGUGUGUUCUGGCUUGGAGACAUUCAUCUCUGAAUGUGGAAGCCCGAACGUGACAAUUAGUGAUGAAGAAGCACGACAAGUAAGCUUGAAGGAGAAACGCCACAAUGCCAUACAACCUCUCUUUAACGAAAAGGUUGCAUUCCCUACCUUAACUACAAUUGAUAUCUCUUCCAUCGAUAACUUGGAAAAGAUAUGGCACGAUCAACUGGCUGAAGGUUCCUUUUCUGAACUAAGAUCAUUGAGUAUUUAUAGAUGUCAUAAGCUGGUGAAUGUUUUUCCAUCAAUCUCGCUAAGAACAUUCCAGAGACUAGAGGUGCUGCAGAUUGAGAAUUGCAAUUUGUUAGAAGAGAUAUUGGAACUUGAAGGGCCGAGUGUUGAAGGAAGUAAUUAUGCUUCUUUGGUCUUUCAGUUGAGAGACUUGACCUUAAGUGAUCUACCCAAAUUGAAGCAUAUAUGGAAUAAUAAUCCUCCAGGAACACUCAGCUUCCAGGAUGUACGUACAGUGAGGGUUUGGGUAUGUGAUGAUUUGAAGAAUAUCUUUCCAUUCUCUAUUGCUAGAAACCUUCCUCAACUUGAAAAGCUUGAUAUAUACCAGUGUGGGGUGGACGAAAUUGUUGCCAAGUCAGAAGGUGAUGAAACAGCCCCUCUUUUUGGGUUUCCUCAGUUGACUUCAUUGGAUUUUGACAGUCUGCCAAAAUUGAGGAACUUCUAUCCAGGGAAACAUACGUGGGAAUGUCCGAAGUUAAAAAGCUUGGCGGUGUCUGGCUGUGGCAGUGUAAAGUUAUUUGGUUCAGAAUUUCUUGAUUUCCAAGAAAUUCAAGUGGAAGCCCAACAUGACAACCCAAUUCAGCAACCCCUCUUUUUUGUCGAAAAGGUGUUCUCCAACUUGGAGGAAUUGUCAUUAGGUGGCCAAUACACCAGUAAUAAUUCAAUAAUGUCGCACCGCCAACUUGAAGCAGGCUUCAAUUCCACAUUGAAAGUUCUAAAGCUGCACAAUUUUAAGGGAAAAUCAGAUCGUAUUCCAUUUGGUUUCCUACAAAGACUGCGUAAUGUGGAAACACUCACUAUCGAAUCCAGUUCUUUCAAGAGGCUAUUCUUGAAUGAAGGAAUUGUUGAAGAGGAACAUAAAUGGAAGCCUUCAUUGAAAGAAGUGUCUGUGCAACGAUGCCCCAACAUGAAGAUUUUCUCUCCAGGACUGUUAAGCACGCCAAAGCUGCGGGGAGUACGGGGUCCUAUGGAUAAAAAGUGGUGGCGGGGUAACCUUAAUGCUACUAUACAACAAUUGUACACAGAAAUGCUCAUAGUGGAUGAAUGUGCAUUUGUCUCCAACGCCAUACCAUCAAAUCUGCUAAAGUUGAUGAAGAAUUUGGACAGUAUUACUGUGAAAAAAUGUGAUUCUGUUGAAGGAGUUUUUGAUUUGAUAGGACUGAAUGCUGCAGAAGAGCACCUUAAGCUGUUGUCCAGAUCUAUUGGAAUUGCGCUUGAUUGA